CCCAAAAUCCCAAUUCUGAAACCCUAAAAUCCUCACCCCGAUUUUGCAUAUCUCAACCAUGGCGUAUGUAGAUCACCCAUUUUCGAUUACCGACGUCAUUGUCGUCGGCACCCUCAUGGCCUAUAAUCGCGUCGGUGGCGAAAAAGCUCACGGUACCCUAAUAUCCUUCUACUCUCACAGUGGUGACGCAGCGAAGCAAUACAUGCAGAAACAAAUUGAGAUAUUGAGGACAAAGUCUCACUGGAAGAAAGAAUAUUUUUAUUUGUGGGAUGAGGAAUGUCUUUGCAAUUCUUGGUGGGAUCUUGUUCAUUCCAGGUUCGAUCUAUUACACACGGAUUGCUUAGCCAUGCUUACAAAUGAUACAAGGGCUUCUCUUUCUCCAAUAUACCGCCUAUGUAGCAGCGGUUCCUUUACCUUGCUUCAACUUCACAUCACACAAAUGGUGGAGGGGGUUCUGCUGUCAUUCCCAUUGAAGAAUAUGGAACUGAGUUUAAGCCCAAGAAGGCUGUGA